UUCUGCUGCUGCCGUCGUCGCCGCCACAACACAGUGGUCAUCACAUAUAUAAUACAUAUACAUUUCUCAUCGUUCACCGCCGUUACUUAUCCGCUGCUGCUGCCGAAAUGUGGUUGCAGCUCUGAAAAAACUCAUCGUCCGUGCACGAGGUAGAGUUUCAGAAACAACGAGGGUAUCAUCACAAUGACGGAGAAGAAAGCCAAAAGACUGUCUACCGAGUUUGAUGGCAAACAAUCGGACGACGAUAGCCAGCGAAGUAACUACGGUGACUGGGUUUGCACCGACACCGAUUGCGCAAAUGUGAACUUUGCUAAGCGCAGUUCCUGCAAUCGUUGUGGGAAAGAACGAGGAGAAUGUCCUAAAAAGAAAAAACUUGGCCAGGAAAUUGGCAAAGCUGCUGCUGAAAAGAGCCGAGGCUUGUUCAGUGCUGAUGACUGGCAAUGUAGUAAAUGUGGCAAUGUCAACUGGGCACGCAGACAGCAAUGUAAUAUGUGUAAUGCACCCAAGUUUGGAGAAGUUGAGGAAAGAACAGGAUAUGGAGGUGGAUACAAUGACAGAGGAGUAGUUGAAUAUAAAGAGCGUAAAGAUGACGAUGACGAUGACUUUGACGAGUUUGGCAGGCGGAAGAAGAAGCGAAGAGUAGAGAGUCGCUCUGAUGAUGAUUCCAAAGAUUCAUCAAAAUACAGUAGUCCACCACGUAGCCGGUCUAAAAGGGAUCAAUCUGAAAAAGAAGAUGAGGAAGACGAGCAAGAGGAGGAAGAGGAACAAGAAGAGGCCGAGAAAGAGAGAGAAGAUGAGGAGGACGAAGAUGAAGACGAAGAUGGCGAUCUAUCAAAGUAUGAUCUGAGUGAGUGGGAUGACUUAACACCAGCCAAAAAGGACUCAAAUGGCGUUGCUGGUUCUUCGGAAGAACGUCAGUCUAGAUGAGAUUAAUGCUCGUAACUCUUAUCAGCCUGUCGUGAGAGAUUGACGAGAGAAGUAAUUCUUCUAGUAAUCAAUCGCCCAAUUGCGUACAUUAUUAUAUUCUCGCAAGCAAUGCCAGUUCCAAGUCUUUUUGUAGAU